CAGAGGGUGUCCUGUUGGCUACAGGCUCCUGCUGACUGCUGGCGAGCGGGUCCGGGUUAACACCAACGCAAGGGUCAGCGCCCUCUGAGUUGGGGGCCUCAGGCAGAGCCGCGACGACUCCUCCUUUGCUUGACCAGAGACCCAGCAGUGCCGUUUCCCCCAGUGGUGAGGAACCACCUAGUUUGCCGCGAUCCAUUGGUUGUUGCUCUGCCCAGCGCAGCUCCGGCUCCUCGGAGUAGGGCUCCAAGCAGACGAAGCUCGGCAGGCUAGAGGAGAAGCCCAGACCUGGGGCUGGAGAAGGGAUGAGGGGCUGGGAGGCGGGGUGGGGGGAUUUCCUCCCGCACUCCCCUCUCCAACGGGAGCGGAAAAUGUGAUUUGCUGUGCAUUCCAGGCGCGGUUCCCUGGGGUGACCUCUCCCACCCAGUCGGGCGGGGGGAGUAGACAAAGAGGCGAGGCGGGCGGAGAGGGGACCCCGCAGGGAAGCAGGAGGGGUACAGUGGGCGGGGGCAGUACCGGGAAAGGGGGCGGAUAGCGGGUCCCGCAGUGGCGACGGUGCCUGACCAAUGGAGAGAGGCGGCCCCGGGCGCCGCGCUUAGCCAGCGGCAUUUAAACAGGAGAUCCGGAGAUGCCCGACACUCGGUGCGCCCUUCGCGGACCUGGAAACCCAGCGCACUGCGGUAGCAUCACUCUCCAUCGUUCCUCCCGCACCGAGCAGAAGUGGCUCGGGCCGUGGUCGCACGCAGGGCCACGAGUCCACAGAGAAGGACCUGGAGACCCACAGCACUGACAGAAUGAACCGCACCGCCUAUACUGUGGGAGCUUUGCUUCUCCUCUUGGGGACCUUGCUACCGGCAGCAGAAGGGAAAAAGAAAGGGUCCCAAGGAGCCAUCCCUCCUCCAGACAAGGCUCAGCACAAUGACUCCGAGCAGACCCAGUCCCCACCACAGCCUGGCUCCAGGACCCGGGGGCGGGGCCAAGGGCGGGGUACCGCCAUGCCAGGAGAGGAGGUGCUGGAGUCCAGCCAAGAGGCCCUGCACGUGACAGAGCGCAAGUACCUGAAGCGAGAUUGGUGCAAAACUCAGCCCCUGAAGCAGACCAUCCACGAGGAGGGCUGCAACAGCCGCACUAUCAUCAACCGCUUCUGCUAUGGCCAGUGCAAUUCCUUCUACAUCCCCAGACACAUCAGGAAGGAGGAAGGCUCCUUUCAGUCUUGCUCCUUCUGCAAACCCAAGAAAUUCACCACCAUGAUGGUCACGCUCAACUGUCCUGAGCUACAGCCACCCACCAAGAAGAAACGGGUCACACGCGUGAAGCAGUGUCGCUGCAUAUCCAUCGAUUUGGAUUAAGCCAAAGCAGGCGCAUCCAGCCUGUCAUAGCCAUGCCGAGAGCCACACCUAAACCACCCGAUUCCUACUUGGCUUAAACCUAGAGGUCAGAAGAAACAGCAGUUGCUUCCCGACUGGAGGCUGCUUAUGCAUAGUGUAUGCGCAUGAGUGUGCAUGGGUGUUGUGUGUGUUUCCAAACACCAGCGGAAACAACCUCUACUAGAAGGCACUUCCUGUUACUCUGCUUCAGACGGUGGGAAACGCCCACACCACCGGACCCAAACCCACAGGGGCAGGGCUGUAGUUGGCUUUGCCUUUGUGUUCCAUGCGCCCUCCUGGGCACCAGAACUUCACUUGAGAAUGAAUACUAACGAAGAGGUAACUCCGAGGGCUGCAUUAGACUUGGAACCGUUCAGUGUUUGCUCUUUUCUCCCACAACCUAUCCCUUUCUUUGCUCUCCCUGAUAUCUCAGCCUUAGCCCAUGUCCCUAAAUUAAUGCAUUUGAUCAUGGGUGUAAAUGUUUCCCAACCUGUGAUGAACCUCCAGAAUGUGAGGAGACGGUGAUGGAGGACAAACGAGAUGGAGGAUUGACACAGGAGCGUUGAGGCUGAGCACCAGUCUGGGACACUGAAAUUCAGUAUUAAGAUGUCCAGAGUUUGAAAGCUGUUCUCCACAAACAGUGUGAGCCUUACUUUGUGAAAGACUUUUCCUGAUAUUUAAAAGAACCGAGAUGCACGGAAGUGAAAUAUAAUCACACACACACACACACACACCCCAAUUUUCUGUGUCUGUCUCUGUAAUCUCCUAUCUGUAACCCAAAAUUAAAAGUGAAAUAUUGACCACUCCUGUUUUAAGAACCAAGCGAGCGAAACAGAAAGAAACAUGGCCUCCCUUUUUACUUUGCCUCUCAGGGGGACAAGUGAGAGUCUUGCACACUGGGAUAGGAAAAGACAAAAAAAAAAAAAAAAAAACCAACCCUCCUUAGCUUAGUUUUGCUGGAUUAACAUUGCUUUUCUGUUAUUCCUGCGAAAUGCUUCUGAGAGGCACAACACUGUGCUAACAAUCCUGCCUUUGCUCAACACCUCUGCCAAUAAGGAGUUGUCUAAAAUGAGAGAGCUCCUUUUGAGUUAGACACGCAUGGCGGCUUUUCUGUUUUGACUCUCGUUAGGGAAGGACCAGAAAGGGGGCAGAAUCAAAGGAAUUGUGGCCGGCUAGGUAGUGUCUGGAGGAGAGCUAAGGGCGGAGACUGCUUCUAGGAGGUCUAUGAGAAAGUUCCAUUAGGACAGCAGAGCACUAGGUAUAUUAACAGGCUAUCUAUUCCCAGUGGGUCAACUGGGCAUUGCAAUCAUUAUGCCUCAAUGGUUGUCCUCUGAAUACUUCUAGGCUCUCCAAAUGCCUACUUAGCACUUAUGUAAGGGCCAAAAUGAAAGGUAGCCUUGAUACAUUUUGGCCUGGCUAAGCAACACUCCUUUAAGACUGAGAUUCUAGCUAUAAAUGCCCUUUUUUUGUCUUUUCCUCUCAGAGUCCCUAGUUAAGUUAUGUGUCAUUUGGAAUGUGUCAUUCACUGCCCAUCAAAGCUGCCACAGUCAAAGAACCAUUGGAUGUAAAGAAACUAUUUUGGUCUAGCUCUCUCCCAUGGGACAUCUACAUGGAAACCAUGCUGUAAGACAAAAACCUCCUUGAACCCCCAAAACACUGGGUCUCAUUUUGAAAGUUGAAAAGUCGCUGCUGAUGAUUCCAUAGUAGAUGAGUUUGUGCAAGCCAAGUGUGCGUGUUUCAUUGGUACUGUAUGCUCCUUCCCUGAAUCUUUGUGUCAUUCACACGCACCACCCACGGGUCACAGGAUGGAUGUAAUUUGAGCCCACAAAUGCGAAGGCAAAGGUUUGAGGGAAGUGAAGAAAACUAAAAGAGGAAGAAACUAAACAUUUAGAACCACACCAGAGAAGAAAGGUGACAUUCAGUGCUAAAACACACUGAGUCUUAAUUCUGCCACAAGCAUGCACUAUUGUUAUAAAGUAAGAGUUAGGUUGGCGGCCACAGUCACCUUCCAGGAGCUUAGACAAUAGUCUCUCAUGUAAGCUGGAUUUGGUUCACGUGAAGAGGAUUGCCUCAAAAUGAACUUCACAGGAACAAUCAGCUGCAUAAGUAGCCUUAAAGCACAUCAUUGACCAAAGAGGGAAAUGCCUGCCUUCCUCACCAUGCUUAGACCAAGACCCUCACAAAUUCAUGUCCUUCCGUCACUUAUCAGAGAUGCUCUGUCUGUGGCUGAGUUUGGACUCAUCAGUGACAUGAUGAUGUGUGUUUUCUCCAACACUGUAGUAAAACUGUUUUAUGGUAAGAUAGUUGUGAUCUUGAUCUUACCUAUUAAAAUAAUGCCAGAUACCAAAUAUGAAUUUUCUGGUGUUCUCUUUGUGCUUGGUACUGAAAGAGAGAAACCACACACCUUGUAAGUCUGAGUGCUUCUGCGCAGCUCUCCUCUUCACAGCUCAAAGGUAUAAGCGAAAAAUCUGGAGGGAAGGAUAAUUUCCACCGUGUGGAAUGUGAAUAAACAAAAAGUUAUGGUUAUUUAAUGUAAUUAUGAAUUCAAGUCCUUUGGUUACUGUGAUUUCAAACAUGCUUUCUUUCUCUAUUUUAUAUGACGACCUCUGAGUUGGGCAAAGAAGAAACUGGCCAUUGUACGUUGUUAGGGACUUUUGUCAGGUCAGAGGGAAACGCAUGUUGUCACAUAUGAAGAGAUGUUACCGAGUCAAGGAUGAACUUGCAUUCUUUAAAAUUGGUUGUUGCUUGAAGGUUGACACUUCUGAAACAUUUUAUGGAAGACUUAAGUGUUAUUUUGAGAUACUUAAAAUGUACGUAUACAACCAAAUCAAAUACAUAUGAACAGAACAUUUCUAACUGAGAAAUCCGAGCUGAAAGAAAUUCUAUUGAUUUGCCAUUCCUCAAGAUAUUUAACACCAUCUACAUUGUGUAUUUAAUCUGCUUUAAUCAUUUUUAAACAAUAAAGGAUAUUAUAUAGGCUAUGAUCGAACUACCUUGCUAUGGAUGAGGGUGAGGUGGGAUUUAAUGGUCUCAGAAAAGCUAAUUUGGCUUAAAGUUUUAUGAAUCUGCAAUUAGAAUUUUAUUUUCACCCUAAUAACAUACUAUCUAACUGUUGCAAAAAAAGCAAUCAAUAAA